AUCGAAAUUCACCAUCGACCACCAGGCCAGAGCUUCUCACGAACGCUUGUCACGAACGUCUGAAAUUGACCCCGUGGCCAGCCCAUCGCUAUGGCGUCGCUCAAUCUCUCUAUCAACGGGCCCUCCAUCAAGAGCAGCUACCAGGCCGUCAUCCAUGGGCCGGCCCCGAGCUCGAGCUCCCCAACACAUGCUCAAUGGGCAUUGUUUUCGGUUCAGGCUCCCUUAGCCAACGCCUUCCAAGACACUGGUUCGAAGGAGAGUAUUCUCAAGGUCCAAACCACUGGGGAGGGCGAGCUUUCCGAUCUGAUCGAGGAUUUCAACGAGGGCCGCAUCCAAUUCGCUUUUGUCAAGGUCAAGGAUCCCAACUCGGGCCUCCCCAAGUUUGCCCUCAUCGCUUGGUGCGGAGGGGGUGUUCCAGAGAGGACGAAGGGUUAUUUCACCACCCACACCGCCGCCGUCUCGAAAGUUCUACACGGCUUUCACGUACAAAUAACUGCUCGCUCCGAUGCGGACCUUGAGCCUGAGACAAUUGUCAAGAAGAUCGCGGAUGCUUCGGGCGCCAAGUACUCCGCCGGCUCUGCCGCCCUUUCUUCUGCCGCCGCCACGGGGUCCCGGCCGCCAGUCGCAUCGAAGCCCGUGUUUACUCCGACUGCUUCAUCCUCCGCCGUUAAUCCCAUCGUAGCGGCACGAAACCGGAGAGGACCCAGUGUUGAUGACGAUGGCUGGGGCCACGAUGCCCCGCCCGUCACCCGAACUGAAGUCGAAAAGGUCGAAUCGGCUUAUAAGCCCACCAAAGUCAAUCUAGCAGAGCUCACGGGCCAGCGCCAGGAGCCCUCUCGCUUUGUCCCUACCAGGAAUGAAGAAGACCGCAGCGACGUUGUGAAAGGAGGCUACCAGCCCAUUGGGAAGGUCGAUAUUGCCGCUCUCCGUGCCGCCGCGAAGGAAGAGAAGGAUGACCGUCCCACGCCCGUCAAGGGUUCCUACGAACCCGUGGGGAAGGUCGAUAUCGCUGCCAUUCGGGCAAAGGCGCAGAAGCCUCCCGAACCCCAGCCAAGCAGCGAGGAACAGGAAGAGCGGCCUAGGUCGCUGGCUGAGCGCAGUGCCGCCUUUAACCAAUCGCAAUCGGAACGUCUGACGUCGUUGCCGAAACCCAAGGUGGCACACAAGUUUGGCGGAUCGGCAUUUACCGGUACUAAAGCACCCACGCCAGGCGGCCUUGGCUUUGGCUCCCCGGCUGUUACUGCCGCACCUCCGGUCGGCGCUGCUAGCCGAACGUUUGCAGACCAGGGCGGCAAAACUCCCGCACAGCUCUGGGCAGAAAAGAAGGCGAGGGAGGGAGGGGCUGUGCCAGCGCCUUCCCCUGCCGCUUUGGGCGCUCAAAAGAGUGGAUCAUCUGUCACCACUCCUCUGGGUGUCCAAAAGAGCGGAGAGUGGAAGAGUGGCUACACGGGCAAGUCAUGGGCUCCGGUGCACACCGCUGGAUUUGAUCGGGAAGCGUCUGGCAGGUUGAGCAGGGACCACACGGGUGAUACCGCUGAGCGAGGGGAACAGACUGCGGAGCCAAGCGGCGGUGUCGGCGCGUUACGGGACCGCUUCAAGAACACGGCACCUAUUGGUGUUGGUGUCCCUCCUCCUGCUCCCCAAUUUGCGCGCGACGAGCCCGAAGAGCAGCGCCAGGAACCCAGCCCGCCCCCCCCUCCUCCGAGCGAGACGAGGCCGUCCGGUGGCUUUGCUCUUCCCGGCUUACCGGCUCGCCCGCCUCCGCCUACAGACGAGGAAGAAGAGGAACCGGAGCCAAUUCCGCCUCGCCCGGCCCAACGUCCGGUCGAACCCCAGCAGGAUGGCUAUGAAGAGCCCGAACAUUCUCCCGUCCGCGUUGCCGUUCCCGUCCCCCGCGGCCCAGAGCCUCAGCUGGAGCGUCCCGAGGAACGCCAGCCUCCCUCCAUCCCGACCCAGGAGCUCGAGAGGGGGUUGCCCAAGGAGGAGGACCUGCCGAAUGAGUCGUACGACGUGGGACGAGGCGCUGCCACGGCCGCUGCCGAGCAGGAGUUGGGCCGUGACCAGGUUGCUGCAGGCCAGGCACAGCCGGGUGGCCAAGUUGGCGGCAAGCGCGCAAUCAUUCAGUACGAUUACGAGAAGGCCGAGGACAAUGAGAUUGAUCUACGCGAGGGCGAGUAUGUUACCAACAUUGACAUGGUGGAUGAGGACUGGUGGAUGGGCACCAACUCCAAGGGGGAGAUCGGGCUGUUUCCCAGCAACUACGUCGAGCUUGUCGCGGACGAGCCUACGCCGGCGCCAUCAGCUGCUGCGGUCCCGUCCUCAGCACCUGCUCCCGCGGCGCCUCAACGCGCUCCUGCUUCCGCAUCUCAGGGCCGUACUGCUACGGCCUUGUACGACUACGAAGCCGCCGAGGACAAUGGUAAGGAUUCUCUUGGUCAUACUCUUAAUGUAUGUGGAUUUGACUGACGUUUGAAAAUUAGAACUGAGCUUCAACGAGAACGACAAGAUCACAAAUGUCGAAUUCCCCGAUGACGACUGGUGGUUCGGUCACUCGGCCAACAAACAGGGCCUUUUC